AUGGUGGAAGUGCGCAAAUACCACCUUUCCCCCACCGCACUCAUCCCCAACUCCCCGCAACCCCUCCUGCACUACCCGGGCCUGCUGUCCAAGGAAACCAGCUCCGGAGCAGCGACGGUGCACGACAUCUACAGCAAAAACGGCUGGGAAACCCGAUGGAUCUUCCGCUACGGCCCGACGCAGGUCUCUCACUACCACUCCAAGGCGCACGAAUGCAUGACCGUGCUCACCGGCAGCGCCACCAUCCGCUUUGGCGUGGCGGACACCAGUGACGACCUGGACGCCAGCACGCACGGCGACGCCCGAGAAGCAGGAGGCGUAGAGCUGCAGGCCAACGCGGGGGACGUCUUCAUCAUCCCGGCGGGCGUAGCGCAUAAGACGCACGACACGACUGCCGGCUCGACGUUUGCCCUACUGACGCCCGGAGAGGGCCAGAGCAUUCCCACGCCGGACCCGCGGCAGACGCUGGCGGAGAUUGAGUUAUCAGGCUUCACGAUGAUGGGCGCGUACCCCAAGAAUGGCGCGAACUGGGACUUUGCGGUUGGAGGGGAGAACGAGGGGGACUUUGCGGCGGUGUGGAAUGUGGCGAAGCCUGAGCUGGAUCCGAUUUUGGGAGAUGCGAAGGAUGGGUUGGUUGGACUGUGGCAAUAG